AUGGCCCCCAAGAAGGACUUCCCUGUGAAGCGGCCGGUAGCCCCACCUGCCAAACCAGCAGCUAAACCAGCCGGGCCAAAGCCAGGAUUCCUGGCAGGUAAAAGCAAAGUGCCGGAAACAGCACCAGCGCCACCAACACUAGCACCAGAGAAGCCCAAGGAGCCGCCCAUCGACCUUUCCAAAGUGGUGAUUGAAUUCACCAAAGAGCAGUUGGAAGAUUACAAGGAGGCCUUUGGGCUCUUUGAUCGGGUCGGCGAUGGCAAAAUCCAGUUGAGCCAGUGUGGAGAUGUGAUGAGGGCACUGGGCCAGAAUCCUACUAAUGCUGAAAUCCGGAAAGUCCUGGGACAUCCAAAGCCUGAUGAGCUGAAAUCUAAACGGGUGGAGUUUGAAGAGUUCCUGCCAAUGCUGCAGACAGUUGCCAAGAACAAAGAUCAAGGCACCUAUGAAGAUUAUGUGGAAGGGCUCAGAGUCUUUGAUAAAGAGGGGAACGGCACCGUAAUGGGGGCAGAAUUGCGCCAUGUCCUUUCCACUCUGGGUGAGAAAAUGACAGAAGAAGAAGUAGAUUCUCUAUUAGCAGGGCAUGAAGAUGCUAAUGGUUGCAUUAAUUAUGAAGCAUUUGUCAAACAUAUCAUGGCAAGCUGAGCUGGGGUCUAUGAGGCUGCUCAAGAUGCUGUCUUCAGGUAUAUCUCCUCAGCCUACAGUCCUCAAUGGAGUCAGUUUCCCCUUUUUUCUACCU